GAGAGAGAGAGAUUGUGAUAACAAAUACAAACUGAAUAUAAAACAGGGACGCAAAGCAAUCGGGAAAAACGGAACCCCCAGUGAACCACCGAGAGGCGAAAAGGAAAUUGAAAGGAAAGGGACAAUACAGAGCAAAAGUACCGAAGGAGUCAAUGUCUUGAUGACUGACGUCUGUGGAGACAAGAUCAUAUUGGGUUAUAAUGAAUCUGUUAUAAUCUACAGCAAUAACGAUCGGCAGUCUAGAUCAUGUCAGCUGAAAGUAAAGGUACCUCAAGACUCCGAGAUCGGAUUUUCCUGCGUAUCCUUCAGUAUCUUCAGUGGCAGCUGCAAAACGGAAUUCUUGGAGGUUAACUAUAAAGUCAAUGGGAAAAAGACCAGGACAAAGUACUGCGAAGACGACAUUCCUCAAGACAUGGAGAUCCCAGCAACCAAACUGAGUCUUCGAUACAAACGCAAAGACUUAAAGGCCAACCAGUAUUCCGGAGGAUUCGUCUGCGUAGCAUAUUCGGUUUAGGAAUCUUCACGGAGACACAUCUGACCAACUCACGUACUGGACAAGUAUCCGCUGCUGUGUGGUGCAGUGGUAGCGGUCUCGUCUAGCAAUACUGCUGACCAGCGAUUCCUUGCACAAAGAAGGUAAAUCAGAAGCAAAUUAAAACAGACAGAGAGCAAAGAAUGCCCACUGUAACAAAUGGAAUUAAACUAAAUUAUAUAAUGUAUUUAUAUAUUCCCAUCCUGGAGAAAUCGGCAUCGCCUUCCUCAGUUACGACACAGCGGCGUUGAUCAACUAUAGAAGAACCCUUCAGUACGUGUUUGUUUGAAUGAAUUAGGACCAGAUAUUUAUGGUAGAAAUUUGGAAGAGAAAUUGAUGAUUUGCUUAUCAUAACCUUAUCUAUAUCUUAGCUACAUCUACCUAUCUGUUUAUCUGUAAUCUAAAUUGUUGACUGUAAAACUGUGAAACUUACGUAAGCACAUAAAUUGUAUUUAUUGGAAUAAAAAGCACUAACCUCCCAGUGCUUAUUUUGCCUU